GUUUCGUUAGCGCAUCUCACUCACCCAUCGCCCCCGACCGACGGUGUGUGUAAUCCGUUAUGGACCAUGUUUCAAGCUCCUACUAGGUAUUGUCGUAGGCGAUGAUGGUGCUCAGGCGGUAAGGGACGGUCUUCUCUUCAUUCUCUCACGCGUUCAUAUUCAGGUCUCCCACCAUCGAUACACCCACGUAAGCUCAGCGCCCACCACUUCCAGACCGCAACGGUUGUUGAGAUACUAUCGGCCGAAAGGUGACAUCCCUAAACCCACAACGCCUUCGGCGUCGCAAAAUCAUUUCAGUGUCAAGCACUGUAAGGACAUAAUGGGGCCCAGGCACCCGAAGGUUCCGUUGUCAUCCGUUCUUCCACCGCUUGUCUUCGGAACGGCAACGUUCAACUAUCAGUAUAACAAGGAUCCGUAUGAGUUGGACACCAAGGGCUUGGUACAGAAAGCCGUCGAGUUCGGCAUCCGCGCCUUUGACACGUCGCCAUACUACGGCCCCUCAGAGGAGAUUCUCGGUGAUGCACUGGAUACAGACUUUGUGCGCCGGUACUUACCACGUGAGGAGUAUUUUCUGAUUACGAAGUGCGGUCGGAUCGCUAGUGAUGAAUUCGACUACUCGCCUGAGUGGGUGCGACAGAGCAUUGCCCGCAGCUUGCAGCGACUGAAGUCGUCCUAUUUGGACCUAGUGUACUGCCAUGAUGUCGAGUUCGUCUCGGAAGAGGAGGUGUUGGAAGCGAUUAUAGAGCUACGGCGGAUACGGGAUGAAGAAGGCAGCAUCAGAUACAUUGGCAUAUCUGGCUAUCCGCUGCCGGUACUUUGUUCUUUAGCACACCGCGUGCUAAAGGAGACCGGAGAGCCACUGGAUGCAGUGAUGUCUUACUCGAACUUUACAGUACAGAACACUCUCCUCGCCACACAAGGCGUCAAAGAGUUGAAGGCCGCUGGCGUGGACGUUGUACCUAAUGCGUCACCACUCAGCAUGGGUUUGCUGCGUCGCGAAGGGGUGCCAGUAGGCAGCAUGGGUAACUGGCAUCCUUCAAGUAACGGACUCCGCACCGCGGUCAAGCGGGCAAGCGACUUCUGCGACAGGCACGACGAGAAGCUCGAGGUUGUCGCUAUAAGAUUCGCGCUCGAACAGUGGCUAAGGCUGGGUGCCGAAGUGGGCUCACGUGGAGAUCCAGCCUCAGGCGUGCCGUGGCAACGAGAGUCAAACGAGCAAGUUGGCGGUACUCGGCUUGGCGUCAGUGUAAUGGGCGUCAGCAAGCUCAGCGAACUUGAGAAGACGAUGCAGGUCUGGCGCAGUAUCCUGGAUGGUCUCGAAAACGGCGAAGAAACUGCUCGGCGGGCCGGGAGGUGGAAGCGCGAUCACGAGUGGAGUCUGAAUAGGCAGAGGGCCGUGCAGAUUCUUGCGGACGGCAUUGUAGAGCACUUGGACGAGUACGUUGACUAUGUCUGGGACAGCCCGCCGAAAGGCUUUGUCAACAAGCGCGCAAGGAAAGAGCUUCAGCCUGUUGCGCAAGAUGAGCCAUGGCUCACUCCGGCAGCCAGUCCGUUGCCCGAUGAGCCUCCGCUCCCAGCAGAUGCUACACUUCCUUUGCGAUGAGGUUGCGAGCAUGAUUAAUAUGAUUGAAGAUACCUAGUUGGUGUGGGAGGCUUACUGAGCGUUUGGUACUAGAUCUGUAGAUUUCCACAAGUCUCCGCGCUGUUGUCAGCGCUCCUACUCAUCAUAUGCUCAUCACU